AUGCUCCGUUUAACCCUUCUUUUGGCUGUUGUUGGCUCAGCUGCUUCUCAAUGUUCGAGUGAUGGGAAUAGUGUCUGUAUUAAUAUUUACAACAAAUGCCCUUUCACGAUUUGGCCCGGUGUUCAGGGAUCUUUCGUUCCAAAUGGUGGUGGCUUUAAAUUGAAUGGAGGAGAAUCCAAGCAACUCCGUGUCCCGAAUGGAUGGCAAGCAGCACGAAUUUGGGCAAGAACUGGAUGUGAUGGAAAUAUGAAUUGUGAAACGGGAGAUUGUGGGGGAAAUACUGAACAAUGCAAUGGACGUGGAGGAGUUCCGCCAAUUUCCCUUGCUGAAUUCACCCUCAAUGGAGCUGGGGCACAGGAUUACUACGAUGUCUCACUUGUUGAUGGCUACAAUAUUCCCGUUCUAAUCAUGCCAAUUGGUGGCACCUUCAACACCAAUGGAGGACAAUAUGAUUGCAAAGUGUCUGGAGGAUGUGUGGAUAACUUGAGCUCAACCCUUUGUCCAGCCCCGCUUCGGGAUAUUAAGAACGGAAACAUUGUCGCCUGUAUGUCGGCUUGUGAGGCUUUCAACACUGAUGAGUACUGUUGCCGUGGAGCUCACGGAACUCCAGACACUUGCCCGCCCAAUCAAUACAGUCAACUCUUCAAGAAAGCCUGCCCUGGUGCAUACAGUUAUGCGUAUGAUGAUCACACAUCGACCUACUUCUGCCGGGGAAACAAGGGACCAAGCCCCGCCUACACCGUUCAAUUCUGU